AUGCCGACCUCCAACACCUCCUCCCCUGUUAAGCGCCCGGGCCUGGCCCGCCGUGCUCUUUCGUCGCACGCUGUCGUCACGCGUACCUCGUCAGACUCGUCAGACACCCAUCCUCAGAAAGCGCCUGCCCACCGUCCCCGAGCACAUGUCGUCGGUGGCGGUCAUCGCAGUCACGGUCGCAACCCAUCUUUCGGAAAGAACUUAAACAAGCUCCAGCGGCAUACUUCUGCUGGACACAUUACAACCGAAGCAACUAUUCGUCAUCAUCAACGGAAGAAGUCAGCACCAGCGACACCAGCGGCAAGUCCACGCGGCGGUCACCACGUACGUUGGGACAGUGGGUUGGACGCUGGCCAGGCCGCGACAUCGUCAAUUAAAAGAAAUAACUCGAGCCCUGCUCUGCGAAACCCUCGACGCAAUUCCUCUGGUGUUCUGGCAAAGAAAGCAUUGGUAACAGAUCGCCCAGCAACCAGUUCUGGGAAGAAGAAGACCGUUGGCUUUGAAUUAGUAGUUUCAGACAACGACGACGACGACGACGAGGGUGAGUGGGAAGAUACUACUCAGUCUCCUGAGAGCACGAGACGCAGCUCAGUUGCGCAAUCCAAAGAUAGCGUGGAGAAUACUGCCGUGCUGGUGGACCCCCUCACCUUUGUCAAGCGCCCGUAUCCUCAGGUGCCUCGUGCCGCGAGCAGCUUGCCGGAAUCAGCCUGUAGGAGCUUCGCGCGUGACGAUCACUCUCCUGACGAGAACGAUCAACCCCAGGAGCAGCCUGUCUCGGAGCCUGAGGAGCAGAAGGAAGAGAUUGCCCCUCUGCCUGAGCACAGCGACAUCGCGGCCCGUUUGUUAAGCCCUUCACAUUCUGCUAGAGCACCUCCCGCGAUGUCUUCUAUUUCUGCAACAGUGAAGCCAGCUCCCGUUGACACCAUAUCUCGGAAUGCUUCCUUGACCAAUCUCGCCGGUCCCGACGGCUUACGACGCCCUCUAUCCUCAUCAACCACUACGCUCGCGAAUACGCCGGGGAAUCAGACGAAUGCAACAUCAUCGUCUAUGGAAGGGGGUGUUUCGAGAUUCAUCAUUAACAAUAAGACCCGCCCCCACGCAUCAUCGCGCACGGAUUCAGACCCAAAUACACCAUCGUCUUUUCUUCCACAUUAUCAUCCGCAGACACCACCGUCUCCGAACCACGGGAUAGGAAAGCACAAAGCAUCGCCCCCUUCGCGACCACCAGGCGCUGAGCCCCCCUCUCGGACCCAGCAGAAGCUUUGGCUGCAACGAACUGCUGCUUUAAAUACCUCUCCUCCCGACAGCCAUGGCAUGUCCACAGCAGUCUCUCCCUCGGCAAUGGACACGGCCUUCAUAGCAUCGCAUGGCCGCGCAGGGUCAGGCGUCUACGAGGCCAGCAGAGCGCUCGUCAACGGCUCCUCCCGAACCGGCGGAGAUACGGAAGCCAAGCACAUCCGGAAGGCAUACGAGAAAAUCGCGUUGGAACUUAGCGUCGUCCGAAGAUUCCAGUCUCCAACAGGCGACAGUUUCGCCCGCUUGGCGGCUAUCCUUAAUGACUCCAAGGCUCCUAUAACCUACAAUCCCGACCGUACAUCGGCACUGGGCAAACCAAUUAAGUCGGCACCUGCACUCGCACAACUACAACAAGUUGGGAAGCAGCAAAGAGACUCGCCAAGCCCGGAGCCACGACAACUCAUCAGCAGAAAGACUUCGGACUUGAAGAAAUCGGUGUCACAAACAUACCUCGAAGAUGCCGACGAGCCCAGCGACUCCAACAAAUCCCAACACCCAUCCCAGCGCAUCUUGUCGACUUCUGACGAAGGCGCUCACGGGACCACCGCCGUAGACGAGGACUUUGGCGACAGCUAUUUCACUAGUGAAUCAGAUAUGAUGAUUCGCCGCAUGUGGGAGAGCCGCGAGGUAGCUACCCAUGGCUAG